AUGUCCUACCGUAAUGGGUACACAAAUGGAACCUACGGCGUGAACCGCUACGAAGAUAAUCGGCAUGAGGAGAGCCUCGCUGGAGACUCAGGCCGCACAAGACGCCCUGGUGGAUAUGGCGGCUUCCAUGACAACAGACAAGAGACUCCUCCUGCCGAGCCAGAUCCACAGCCUCCGCUUGCCUCAUUCCGGCGUCGGCGCGAAGAUGAAUCAUCAGGCGGAUUUGGGCAUUUCGCGUCGGGGAGACGGGACACUGAUGAAUAUAACAGCAGUCGUAGUCGUGACCGGGGCGGACGUGGACCUACAGACCUUUCAAGACUCCAUGGCGGUGGACCGGGUGGGCGACAGAUUGAGGACGUCCUCCACCACAUCAACGACCAUUGGGAUGUCAUGGCAAGGGAGGACUGUGUGCCAAUCCAUGUCGCGCUGCAGUUGAUGGACUAUAGCUCCCUUGGUCGUGGGAAUGAUUACCAAGACUUCCAAAAGACAAGUAAAUACCUACAAAAAGCCCUGAAAGCUAUUGUGAAUGAGCACCAUCAAGGUUUCAAUAGCUCCAUCGGGACAUUCCACAAGAUUCAGAAUAGCAUACAAGCAUCUCAGAGUAGAAUUCGGGCUCUGAAAGAUUCUAUGAGAGGGGCUAAGGAAAAUCUGACGGUCACAAAAUCUGAACUUAAAGCUUCAGGUACUUUGUCCCAGCACUUCGAAGAAUCACUCCAAAUCUUGGGUCAAAUAGAAAGACUGCAGCUAGUUCCAGAGCAGCUGGAUGCUAGGAUCUCGGACAAACACUUCUUGACGGCGGUCGACCUUCUGCAAGAUGCCCUCAGGAUGAUCCGAAAGGCGGAGAUGGAAAAUAUCGGAGCGUUGACAGAUCUGCGUAUAUAUUUCAGCAAUCAAGAAACUUCAUUGACCGAUAUACUAGUCGAAGAGCUUCAUGAUCAUCUGUAUCUGAAGUCUCCUUACUGUCAUGAUCGGUGGAAGCCAUACAACAGUGACGCGAGUAAAACAGACUCCACAACGAAAAAAGAAACGUCUGCCCUGCCGAAUACAUGGGGAAGGCCGUUAUACCGUUUUCUGGAUAAUCUAGAUACUUCCAAGCCUUUGGAAGACGACGCGUCUCGAAAUCCAGAGGUCGACAGCUUUCAAUACAUUCACAUGGUCAUUGAGUCUUUGCACAAGCUCGGGCACCUUGACGUUGCCGUAGAUCGCCUAGAGCAACGUUUACCUGUUGAGUUGUUUUCGAUUGUGGAUCGCACGAAUCAAGAAGUUGACAUACGCCAUGCAGCAAUCACAAGGGGCUUCAAGCUUGAGAAAGGCGCCGUGUCAUUCAAAUUCAGCCAUCAUUCAGCUGGGAGUGAGGUUCUGAAUGAUUUACUUUGGAGCUUGUAUUCUAAAUUUGAGGCUAUCGCUGAAGGCCACCGAGCGGUGCAUGAGAUCUUGAGCGGUAUCCUGAAACGAGAUGGAAUCCCUCAAACAGAAAGUCUGACUCGAGGCUUCAAAGAGAUGUGGAAGCUGUAUCAAAGCGAAAUGCGGUCUCUCCUCCACGACUACUUAGCAGCAGACGGCAACCAGUCAUAUCGGCUUGGACGACAGCCAAUGACUAACGGCAACAUCUUUCACAGUCAUUUACGCGAAAGGAACAAGCGAGUCUUCAAGCUUGCUGAGGUGAAUUCGAAAUCUACAGACUUCGCUCAAGACCAGCAAGACCUUGACCGAAUCCUUGAAGCUUCUGUACCUGGACUUGUGUCAAAAUCGCAAAGACGGUCCGGGAUCACAACUAGCUCUGUUGGUGCGUCAAAUGAUGGGCCUGCCGCCGGGCACAAAUUGCUCGUCGAACCUAACGUUUUCAAUAUUGGGUCGCUAUUACCGCCGACUUUGUCUUUUCUCCAACGGCUCAGGGAUAUCGUACCACAUGACGCUGACAUCGCAGUCAGUACCUUGACCUCGUUUCUGGACGAGUUCCUUGUCAAUGUUUUCCAUCCUUCUCUGGAAGACACCGUGACAGAAUUGUGCAGGCUUUCAUUCAGCGACCUCGAAGCCUUCAAACAGGAUCCACAAUGGGCACAGCAUGCUACGAAACCAAUAUUCAAAGGCACAUCCACAUUCUUCGUCUUGAUCAAGUCAUUCUGCCAAUUAUUAGACACGAUCCCUCCCGAUUUGACAUCAACGCAAUUGAUAAUAACGCAAGUUGUUACGUACUACGACCGAUGUUGCGAGUGGUACCGAGCGCUCGUGCGAAGACCACAAAUGCAGGCACAGGAAGAACGCCGCUUGAAACCUGCCGCGAUCAUGGCAGAAUCCGGCGAGGUUCGUGAAUUAUGCGAGCGACUGUUUGAUACCCACAUGGACGGCCAGCCAGAUCUGUUACGACGUGAAGUAGCUAUUUUAAUUGACCAGACCAAUGCCACGCCCUUGGAACCCUUCGACAUCAUUGCAGAUCGAAGAUCUGUGACAGCUCUAUGCCUUUUAUCAAACAGUAUGCAGUGGCUGGCAAGCCAUUUGCAGGAGCUUCGGCGCUUCGUUCCAGAAUCCACGCACAAGCGCAAUAAUUCUCAAAAAUCUCUUCACACACGUCAACUCUCUCUAUAUACCAACGAAAAUCUUCAAAUUGAGAACGCUCAAGUAUAUCUUCCUAUGACUUCCGAAACAGUCACCGCUUUCGAUAGCCUCCUCUCGUCAAUCCGGUCACUGGCCUCGAAUGCACUCAUUACACUGCAUCUUGACAUUCGGCUUGGCAUUAUACAUAUGCUUGCUCGCACAAUGGCAGCACCCUAUCUCUUGGGACAAUUGGUAGAGGAGCCUGACCCUUCAAUACUUUCACUGAACUCGGACCUUUUAUCGACUGUCGACACCCUUUCUACUUACGUUCCUGAGGUCGCUCAGAAAUUCAUCAUGACAGGUCUUGCUCACCUAGUCGAUACAUAUCUUGUUCACAAUGCAGCCCAGAUCAAACACGGAAUGAAUAGACACGGGUGCGAUCGCAUGCAGCUGAACAUCAUCGUUCUGACUCAUAACCUCAAUUCAAUCCCUGUGUCUGCAAGGGCGGACAACAUUGAUCUCUCAAGAAGCGCGGCGUACUACGAUUUAUUUGGCGAAGGAGCUGAGAGCAUUGUCUCAAGAGCAAGAGACCAGAGCGGUGCCGGUCUCGAAGGUUUCGACCUCGAAGAGCUGAAGACUCUAGUUGAGCUGUGGUACAAAGAAGGCUCAGAGAGCUCGCAAAGAGAGGUUCAAGUGAAGUGCCAGCGAGAUUGCAGUGACAAACUGUUGGUGCUUAGUGAGUGCUUGUGGAAUAGUUGCAACCUAGAUGCCAUCCACGUUCAUGAACUACCACGAGACCCGUUUGAUGCAACAAUGCAACGAAUACUCCGCCUGCUCAUUGUAAUCGCCAUCGCUACCUGCGUCAGCCUCUCCCUCUCUUCCAUCUUCGCAUUCCUCACGAUACCCGAAGAUCACGCCAUCGAAGCGUUCACUGCAGAACAGCUCCUAAUCAACUCCACCGCCAGCUCAACCCUGAGCCCUAGAUUGAGUACGAAGACCAAACGCCUCCCUGACUCAAUGACCUACCAUGAGCUACCCGGCCCCAUCAUACCGACUCACCAAACUUGCCUCGACGCCACGAAAUGCUACUGCUGCAGAAUCGCUCCACAUGCAGGAAAUACCGUAUGCGCCAAACCACCCUUUAACAAGACUUUGAAGGUCGAGUCGUGCGCAUGCUGGCAGCUGAGGCCGUAUGGGAAGAUAUUCUGCUCAUACCCAGAGAAUCAGGAAGCAGAGGAUUGGGUGGAGGAGUAUGUGCUUGAGAUUGAGUCUGAGUGGUUGGAAGAUGAGGUUGUGGAGGAAGUGGUAGAGGUGGUUGAAGUUAGAGCUGGUGAAGCUGGGGAGCAGGACGGAAAUGGUAGUGUUGUGACGAAGACCGCGGGCGAUGCGAUAUCGCCGACGGUUACAGCUGAGGUGAAAGGGACGGAGGAGAGUUUCAAAUCGACACGGCCGAAACUGCCUGAGGAGUGUAGGCAUGGGAGGAGGGCGAGAUGCUUGUGCUGGGCUGAUGAGCCGAAUGGUGAGGUGCAGUGUGAGAACGAGGUUUUAAGGGGGAAGUUAGGGAGUCAAAAAGAGAAGAACGAGUAA